UGAUAUAUAUUCUCAUGUACUACCACUAUAUUACCAUUCCCUAUGAACUAUCCCUGUAUUACAUAAAUACAAAUUCUUUCCUUUUUUAUCUUCAUUCAAAACCAUCCAUCUACCAGUCUCACAGCUAGAAUAAUGUGAAAUGUUCCUAGCUAUACAACUAAAAAGCUUAGCUGCCCAUCUACCGGUCUAAAGAAACUUAUUUCACCCCUCUGGAACCCAUGAUAAGGGCAUGCUAAAUUAGUUGACAUAAUGAACACAGAAUUGAAAUCCCCAUGUCAUCUGCUAUUUGUCGAUACUCCACUCCCCCAGUUUGUUGCCGAAUUCAAGUUUUCUAUGUAGCUUGUCCGUUGUGUGGUAUUUUCUUUCACGCUAUUCUCGAAUCAUUUGAGUAGUUCAUAUGCACCGCAUUUUUGCAGCGUGCAAGGUAAUAUGGCAAUGCUGGAACACUGAUAUCCUACCAACUACUCCAUCGAUUCCUAUUGCUCACGGAAACACCUAGAAUGAUUUUAUGUUUCGAGAGCAAAAAUAAAUUGAGAUGGAGAUGAAUUCCGAGAUAUGGAGUUCGCUACCAGAAGAAAUAAUAGUCCUUGUUUUAGCUAAGUUACCCACUUUGACGAUUGGGAGGUUCAGGGCUGUUUGUAAACAAUGGAAGUCUCUUCUCUCACCAUCACUGGCCUUCCAGCGGAUAACACCAUUUGUUCAUCCCUGUUCUACCCCUGCUUUUCUCAUUGGCCGUCUUCAUCCCUCUCACUGGGUUAAUUCUCUCAAUAGUAAUUUAUAUCUACUUCAAUCGCUGCCCAAUUCCCAUAUGUAUAGACUCUCCUUAGAUUUUUUGGCACCUGAUUCCAUCAAUGUUGUCACAGCCUGCAAGAGUGUCCUCUGUUGCUCUAAGAAUGGUGCACCCACUUCAUUUUACAUUUGCAAUCCUGUUACCAAGACAUGUAAGGAACUUCCUCCUUCUAUUCAACUCAGGCAAUAUGAUUUUGUUGGACUGGCCUUCGACGUAUCCACAAGGCUCUGCAUCUUAGUCAUUGGAAGAACUGUAAUCAUGGCAGAGGAAAACCAUAUGGUGGUGGAGAUUUAUGAUUCAGAGAUCAAUUCCUGGACUACAUUGCAGAUAAAAACACCCAAAACAGUGUACCCAUUGGGGGAAGGGGUUUACUCAAGGGGGACGUUUUACUGGAUUAAUUCAACCUAUCUUGGGGUGAGCAGAUGCAGGUUUGAUGUUGCAGCAUUUCAUGUGAAAGAGAGGCAUUGGGAUGUUAUCAGGCAUCCACAAAGACCUUAUGGACCUUAUUCUAAUCAUUUGUAUUACUGGAGGUUAAGUGGGUAUGAUGGGAAGGUGGUUUUGGUGUACACUAAGGGUCUAUGUUUAUGGGAAUUGGAUGAAGAUAAUAGGGAUGAAGAGGAAAACAGACAGAGAUGGUUGGAGCUAGCUGCAUUGCCCAAGAAGCUAUGUGGAGAAGUUAGGUGUGGUGGGGUUGUGAAUGACAUUAGCAGCCAAAGGUGCACACAAGUAGUGGUUAACAGUAGUGGGUGGAUUUUGGUACACCUGCCUAGGAACAAGUUGGUUGUAUUUGAUGGGCUAGGAAGAAUGAUGCAGAGCAUUGAAGGAAGACAGCUGACAACGUUCACACAAACAUACCCAACAUCAGUUCGUGCAUUCGAAGUCAAUAAUGUUUGGUGGCCUUAAUAUAUCUUUUGUUUGAUGGCUGUAUUAGUUGUUAUGCAUGAUCUUACUGAUGUUUCUUGUGAUUUAUUAUCUAAAUGUCUGAAAUAAAAAAAUGGACUUCAAUUUCGAAACA